CAUGCAUGAAGAAAUGAACUGAAGGCAUUAGCACAGUGGCUCCCAAGACAAGAUCUGAAUGCUUCAUACUUGUGCCAUUAUCUGGGUAUGACUGAAUGAUUUGGAGAACACUUAUAUAUUAUAUUGCAUGCAGGUGCAAUGCCUUAUGGUAAAUUCAGUAUUUCUUUCCUUAAGGGCUUUCAUAACCAUGCCAGUCACAUCAGAUAACCAAAUAACCUGGACAGCCUUAUGUUUUUUUCCAGUGUGCUAGAUCUGCUAAAAUGCAAAUCAUUGCCUCAACACAGCAGAAAGGCCGAAAGAGAUCAUGUGACUUCAGAUGCGAGGCAGAUAACUUCAGCCCAUCCCUUUCUCUGCCUGAGAUUCAGGAGGCAUGGUGACAAAACAGCUUUUCAACACGGAAACAGCACAGCUGGAGGGCUGCAGCCAUGAGCUUUCACAUCAGGUUGGACCGUGAAAACAACAUUUUCUCCUGACUGUUUCUGAAGAGCAGCAUUCAAGAGAUUUCUUCUCGGGAAGCUGUGUAAAUAGGUGGAGAGCAAGUGCAUUGCAGCUUCUGAGCUCCAGAGCCCCAGAGAGAAUUGAAGCACCUGUUCUGCAGAGCUGCACCCCUCAGGGGUUGCUUUCUCUUUAAAAAAAGAAUCUUCUAAAGGUACUCUAGUACAAAAAAUCUCGGUACUGCUGAAGCAGAAAGAAAAAAGAAGUACUAGGAAGACCCCAGGAGCCCAAAGGAGUAGAGCCCUCAUCACUGAAGGAACAACAGAGGAAAUGUGUAUAAUGCUGACAGCUGAGAGAAGCAUGCUUUAUAUCAGCAGCAAUUAAAACGGAUGGGCAGCAUCAUUGGAGCCAUGGGGUGCAGCAGUUCUGUAGCUGACAGGAGGUCAGAGAAUGUCAUUAGAGCUGCAAUCCUCAUCCAGAAGUGGUACCGCUUUACCAUGGCCCGGCUGGAGAUGAGGCGCCGCUAUUCCCUCAGUAUCUUUCAGUCAAUCGAAUACGCUGAUGAACAGGACCAGCUGCAGCUAUCCAACUUUUUUACAUUCAUGCUGGAUCAUUGUACUCAUCCUGAGUCAGUUUCUCAAAUUUUCACGAGCCCUAGUGCUCCUCAGGUGGUGGAUGAAGACUUAUGUUUAAAAGAAUUUGAAAAGAAGAUUGAUGUUCCAGAUUCCUAUUAUGGACCACGACUCUCAUUCCCCCUUACUGUUGAAGAUGCCAAUGCUCUCCUUCAUGCUUUCAGGAAUGAACAGCUGCUUCAUGCCCGCUAUGUACUGCAGCUGCUAAGUGAAACUAGGAGAGUUCUCAAGGAGAUGCCAAAUAUCACCCAUCUUUCAACUUCCUACUCCAAGGAAAUAACUGUCUGUGGAGAUUUGCAUGGAAACCUGGACGAUCUUUUGCUGAUAUUCUAUAAGAAUGGUCUGCCUUCAGAACAAAACCGCUAUGUCUUUAAUGGUGAUUUUGUCGACAGAGGGAAAAAUUCUAUGGAGAUACUCAUAAUCCUAUUUGCAUUUCUUCUUAUCUAUCCCAAUGAUUUACACUUGAAUAGAGGAAACCAUGAAGACUACAUUAUGAACCUGAGAUAUGGAUUCACAAAAGAAGUUUCAAAGAAGUACAAGGACCAUUGGAAACAGAUUUUGUGUCUUCUGCGAGAUGUUUUUAGCUGGCUUCCCCUUGCAACUAUAAUUGAUAGCAAAGUUCUUAUCCUACAUGGGGGGAUUUCAGACACCACAGAUCUGGAUUUCCUGAAUGCACUUGAGAGAAAUAAGCUGAAAUCUUUGAUGCGGCCACCAAAGUCAGUGAGAAACAGACAGGACCAAAUGAAGAAGAGAAUUCCCACAACCAAACCCAGUAAACACAUUGCCAACCAGCAUGUUGCAGGGAAGACACAACACAUCUCUUCAUCGGGCUUCACUGAGCCUCCAGGUUCAAAUUUGCCUCCAGACCCCGCCCUGAAGGAAUGGAAACAGAUCCUUGACAUUCUGUGGAGUGAUCCAAGAAGCCAAAAUGGCUGUACACCAAACAAGUGUCGAGGAGGAGGCUGUUACUUUGGUCCCGAUGUCACUGCCAAGCUGUUUGAGAGAUAUAAUCUGAAGAUGCUCAUCAGGUCUCAUGAAUUUAAGCCAGAGGGUUAUGAGAUCAGUCAUGAUGGGAAGGUUAUCACCAUAUUCUCUGCCUCUAACUAUUACGAAGAGGGCAGUAACCGGGGCGCUUACAUCAAGCUGAACCCCGAGCUGACCCCUCGGUUUGUGCAGUACCAGGUCAGCAAGUUCACGCGCAGGCGGAAUCUCCGGGAGAGGGUAGGUACAAUUGAAUCAUCUGCCUUAAAGUCCUUGCGAGAGAAGAUUUAUGCACACAGGUCUGAACUCAUCAGUGCUUUUGCACAGUACGACAUCAAUGGCACAGGCAGGAUUUCUGUCAACGACUGGGCUGCAGCAAUGGAGUCUGUCCUACAGCUGGAACUGCCCUGGAGGAUGCUGCGGUCUCAGUUAGCACAGAUGAACCCAGAUGGAGAAGUUGACUUCAUGUCAUGUUUUUAUGAUUUGAAAAUGGGUCAACCUAUAAAAGAGGCUCAGCCAGCUUUGGCAGAAACACUGUGCAGAUACAGAAAGGAUCUGGAGAUCAUCUUUAACAUAAUUGACAAAGAUCACUCAGGUUUGAUUUCUCUUGAGGAAUUCAGCCAGACAUGGAGACUGUUCACUUCUCACCUGGGCAUCGAUAUAGAGGAUGACUCCAUUGACAAGUUAGUCCUCAGCAUAGACUACAACAAAGAUGGCCACAUUGACUUCAACGAAUUUUUAGAGGCCUUUCACGUUGUUCACAGACUUGAGAAGAAGGCAACCUCAUGAAAAGGCAGAACUUGUGGGAUGUCUUGGAAGCUCAGGUUGCUGUCAUUAGUCAUAAAAGGGCUGCUUGAUAGGGUCACAGUGCAAGCCUUUAUUUAGCCCUUCCUGGAUGUUCUGUACCUGCUAAUACUGGGAUAGAGGAGAUGAAAACCCACAUUUACAGUAUUACUGUGCCACUGCCACACACUGCCAGGACCUUACAAUUCAUCCCCUCCUCUUGGUGGCAUCUCCCCCAUCAAUCUAAUCCUGAGCAUUGCCAAGGUCAUGCCUACAGCUGUGUAGGAAGAGAGACUUUGGUAUGUGUCUGUCAGCAGUCCUUAGUGACAGCUGAGUGCAUUGAGAACCACACAGAACAUAUCAGUUCCACGCUGGUGAUGGAACAAGCACAAGAGGCUGGCUGUGGGGUGUCCACUGCAGGAGAGGAAAACAGGGAAGAAGCAUCUGGUUAAAAUGGAUAGUCCUGCGUUUAAUCUUGCUCUUUGCAUGAUGCAGAGGAAUUAAAUUAUUCCAGGUCAAUCUCUUAUGCUUCUAAUAGUUCACAGGCACAACUUCAAGAUGGUUGAAAGAUGUUUACACUUGCACUAGAUUUCCUCUUGCCUCUGGUUACUUUUCCCCGUAUUUGUUGGGAUUUGGAGCUAUGAAACAAUCAUAACUAUUUCUGAGAUGGAGGCAGGCUCUGCACAAUGGUGCUGAGCAAUAGCACAGGAGGCAAUGGGCAGAAACUGAAGCACAGGAAAUUCCACCAGAGCAAGAGCUUCUCUCCUGUGCAGUGACUGAGCACUGGAACAGAAUGCCCAGAGAGGGUGUGGAGUCUCCCUCACUGGAGAUAUUCAAGAACCAUCUGGAUGCAGUCCUGUGCUAUGGGAAUGACCCUGUCUGAGCAGGGAGGUUGGACCAGAUGAUUCAUUGUGGUCUCUUCCAACAUGACCCAUGCUGAGAUUCGGCGAUUCCAAGAUAAAUCGUGACCUUAAUGAAGGCUAAAUCCACAGCAUGUUAAUGCAACACGUGAUAGAUCACAGAAUAAAGCUUUAGCUUUCUGA